AUGGAGACUGAAAGUUGUUUGUCUUUCUCCACUCCGCCAAACAGGACAACACCGGAAAAUUCCCCGAAUCUGGAGCAUAGUUCAGCUUCUUUCUUCGCCUGUGAUGAGCUCCAUAAGGGUCAGCACCUUUCUAUCCCACACCGACUCGGUUUGCGGGGUGACUUUUUCAACCCACCGAACGUGGGACGCUUUUCUGACGGUCACACGGACUUUACGCAUGGCGUUCCUGCAACGAAUUCACGCACUUCACCUGGAAAGCGCAGUGAAUACGUGGAAAAUGUAGCAGAGGACCAAAAAAACAUAUCUGUUGGCGGGAAGACCCAGUUUUUUGAGGACAAUUCUGAUGCCAGUGAGAAGUCUCUGCCCAAGCAGUUGAGUUAUUCAGUGUUGGACCCUGAGUGCUGUGGGAAGCUGAAUGAAUCAUCCAAUGGACUCCCAGGAGAUUCCAUCGCAGACUCCAUUGACCUGUCAGGAAAAAACAAGAAGCGGCGCAAUCGCACCACCUUCAGCACCUUCCAGUUGGAAGAACUGGAGAAGGUCUUCCAGAAGACGCACUACCCGGAUGUGUAUGCCCGGGAACAGCUUGCCCUGAGGACUGAAUUGACUGAAGCCCGGGUGCAGGUGUGGUUCCAGAACAGGCGAGCGAAGUGGAGGAAACGGGAACGCUACGGGAAGAUGCAGGAGGUGCGAAACAACUUUGCAGCCACAUAUGAUAUCUCGCUCUUCCCUUGGUCAAAUACAUAUCAGAUGCAGAAUAACCUCUGGCCGGGUGGAGCAAGUUCUGGAGGUGGAGGGGGUAUGGGUGGGGCCUGUGUCUUGGGUGCUGAGAACAUGUCUUCCUCCUGCAUGACGCCGUAUUCCCAUCCUCACGGCAACCUACCUGGAUUCAUGAGCAUGUCGGCUUCGCCCAGCCAUCCACAUCAUCAUCAUCAUCACCAUCAUCACCACCAUCACCCACACCACCCGAGCAUCAACGGGCUCUACUCUCUGCACAGCUUUCCCGGAGGUCUGGGGGCUCACUCCUUUGAGGCAAACCCUGAUUCUGAAUACAAACCAUCCAGUCUGGUUGCGCUUCGCAUGAAAACAAAAGAUCCUGGGAGUCUUCUCUCCUGGCCCACAUGA